AAAGUUUUUGGUCGCGAGGGUCUUCUGACGCAAAACCAAACGUUUGUAGGUAACGAGGGUCGACUUUCUCCGCAGAACUGAAAAAAAAACAUUGUGAUUAAUACUAAAGGAACCGGUCCACAUUAUGUUCCCUCAGCAACAGCAGCAUUUCCAGCAGCAGCUGCUUCAGCUCCAGCAGCUUAUUCAUCAGCAGCGGCAGCAGCACCAUCGCCAUCACCAUCCACACCCACCGCCACCACAGCCAGGCCCUAACCGGGUUAUGCAGCCACAGCCACAAAAGUACCAUCACCACCAUCUUCACCAACACCAGCAGCAUCAUCAACAGCAGCAGCAGCAGGAGCAACUGCCUCAGUUAAACCUACAUCCAUCCAGUCAAGCUUCACUCCUUAAUCCCAAUCCUAUGCUACAGCGAGCCCUGAUAAUGCAGCAAAUGCAAGGUGGUCUUCCUGGAUACAACGUGUCUACACCAGGUCUACAGCCUUUCUUUCCACCAGGAUCUAGAGCAUCAAUUCUUGGCACCCCUCCCCUUGGCAUUCAGCUGCCAGCACCUCGCAUCAGAUUUGGGAACCAACUCUUCCAACAGCAUAAUCGUGGAUUCAAAGACAUGAAGAGAAUGCAUGACAUGAGAAGAGAUCGCUAUUCUCCACGGGAGCCAUUCCGACCAAAAGUGGAUUUGAAAUGGGAUGCAAAUAAAGCUAACAUGGAGUCUGGAUCAAAACAGUCAACAGGGAAGGCAGCUGAUUUUAUAUCUCUGGAAACCGAGGACUCCAUUAAAGCUGAUGAACCGGAAGUAAAAAGGAGAAAGCUUGAAAGUAAGAAUAAUGAUGAUGUAAUUGAACAGUCUAAUUCUGAGGAGCCAAAUACAUCAAAGAGUGCACUGAAGGAAGAUGAUUUUUCAAAAGAAACUGAUGAAUGUGAAGAGAGUGGAACUGAAAAGAUUUUGGAGCACAAUACAUCAAAUACAGAGAUGUUAGGUACCAUGAGUACACUGAAAGUAACAAUCCAGCAGAGCAGUGAGAGUCGGGCAAUCAGUACAUCCGCACCUGAUUCAGGAUCCAAGGGCAAUGAGGAUUCGAUUGAGGAGCUGGAUUCCAUACCUUCAAAGUUCAUCUGUUACAUCUGCAAUGUCAACUGCUAUAAUCAAAAGAACUUUCAGAAACACAUGACAGGAACACGCCAUCAUCAGAGACUCUUAGAGAUUCAGCAGAUGAGUAAUGCUUGUCUGGCCACAAUAAUUCCACAGCAAGGUUCAACGGGAAGAGGUAGAGAGAGUGACAAAAAAAGGCCCAGAUGGUGCAGCACUUGUCAGGCCCACUUCAGAGGGAAUGUCAUUGAACAUCGGAGGACACAGAGACACAAGCUUGCUAAGUACUCUCUGCGGCCUUUCUGCACUGUUUGCAGCCGACAUUUCAAAACCCCCCGCAAGUUUGUGGAGCACAUGAAGUCGCCAGAGCACAAGCAGAAAGUGGAAGAGGUUAAACUGCAGCGUAGCUCCCUGGAUAAAGAUCAAGCUGGACAAGAUGAUCCAGAGGAUAUGAUCACUGUUGAUGCAGUUGGUUGCUUUGACGAAGACGAUGAAGAAGGAAUGACUGAAGAUGACAGUGGCUCUGAAUGUUUAAGUGAUGGGGAUUCUCAGCAGGAUUUCAUGUCAGAAUUUCAGACGGAGCCAUAUGAUGCAGAGACUGUAUAUGGCCAGGAAUUUGUGGUCCCUGUGACCGGUUUCCUCUGCAAGCUGUGUCACAAAUUCUACCAUUCUGAGUCCACUGCCAGAUUUACCCACUGCAAGUCACUGAUGCAUUUUCAGAACCUUCAGAGUUACAAAGUACAAGGAGCCCAAGAUUAUUUGUCAGUGUCAUAUCAAGAACCAGCAGCCUCUGUGGUGAACAACCUUCAUUCAACAGAUGAUCAAAAACCAGCAAGUGAGAAGCAACCAGAGAAUGACUUAAAACCUGCCAAUGUCACUGACAAUCAUCCUGAAAUGGAGGAAGCAAGUUGUGAAGCUGAAACUCCUGCACCUUUAGGUGAUGGCAUUGUUACCCAUGUAGAUGGUGGUAACAACAAAGACAGUGUUUCCCCUUCGCAGAACCUCCAGCAGGAGAGCCCAGAUGACAUUGAUCAAGGUGGUUCAAGCAUUGAUGAGUUACCUGUUUCAAAGCUUGAUUGUGAAUUAACUGUCAGCCCAUGUACAAAGAAUGAGGUGCCAAGCACCAGAGUGGAGGGGGAGCAAGGAAUUAGUUCUGACAUGUGUGAGUCAAGUUCCAUUGUGGGUAGUGAGGCGCUGGAUGAAGAGCAGGAUGGGAGUGAGGAGUGUGACCUGAGCUUGUCCAAAGCGGAGGAGCCCAGUGAGACUGAGGGUGAAGAAGAACACCUGACGGAGAAGGAAUGUGAAGAGACAAGUGUCAAAAGUGAAGAGAAUGAGAUGGGUGAGGAGGGUGGGCAACUGGAAGGCAAUGUCUCCAAAACAAGAUCAGGGAGAGUAGUGCGUGGCCGUCGUUUCUCUUCGAGGCGGAAGAAGUAAAUUUAUGAUGCAUUUUCUGUUUUUAAGGGUUGAUUAUACCACAUUGAGCUAAAUUUAAAGGCCUGCAGUUGAUAUACCUCUGGCACCGUAUUAGAUACAUGACAUGGUUGUCCAUCAGUGGUUAUACAUUUCCUUUUCUCAGUGAGGGAAGACUCUUAUACAAGUAUAGUGUUGAUGGAAACUGUAAAUCUCAAUACAGUACCCAUUCUGAAGUAUUUUUCCAUCCUCUUAUGGAAUACAAAGUAGGGAUAACUGCAGUACUCCAAAGAUCUUAUUGUAUCUUAAAAAAAUUGUCUUCAAUUAUUUUUAUUUCCAAGAUGUUACUACAUAUGUUAUAUACUGUGGCUGAAUUAUACCAUCUGACUUAAUACUCCCGUUCACAGCUGAUGACUCAAAUUUGUGUAAACAGAAUGAUCAGUAGCUUGAGGCCCAAGCUUCCUUUCAUAUUGGCAAGCCAAUGUGGGCAGAAUUAAAUACUGGGAAGACUGGAAUUUCUUCAAAUAGGAUCUCUUUGCUUUGUGAUCACUUUAUGCAACUCUUGUCACUAAAUGCAAAGUCAAGCGUCAACCAUUUUCUCAGUACCUUGAUAACCCUGUGUUUAAACAGCAGGUGCAAAGUGGACAGUGCUGAUCAUCUUUCUGAGUAAUGUAAGUUAAUUGCCCAUUGUGAGUUGCUUACUUGUGUUCACUGGUCAAGAAAGUGAAAUGCAGCAUACACAGACUUGCCUAUCCAAGGCAGUUAUGCAGUUUCUAACUAUCUGUCCUCUGAAGCUUUACAGGAAUUGGGAUUCUUGGCUAUUGUCCCUGAAAAGCCUCAUUCAUAAAGUACACUUUGCUUGUAUAUGGAACUGGGUUAAAGUUAGACUUCCUGACAAGGAAAAUAAAUGUUUCCAAAGCAUCUUUUCUUGAUGAUGAACAAUGACAUUAAAUCACACUUAGUUCUUAGAAUGCUAUACACUGCUCUUGAUAUUGAUGCUAGCAUUCAAUUUUUCAGUAACAUAAAGGAGGUUAUUUAGCCUAUCAUGCUAAUCAGUGAGAUUGUGGGUUUCUGUAAACUGACAUCAAAUAUUUUUCUAUGCCCCAUAUCUAUUAGCUCCUUCAGUGAACAAAGAAAUGUCUUAUAUUUUUGCUAUCAAAAUUAGCAAUUGAUCCAGUUGUAGAGAACUUCAAAUUUCUAUCCCUCUUGAAUGUGGAAGAUUUUCAUUGUCAUUUGCUUUUCAUUUUAAAAUUGCCCCGUUCCCUUUACUCUCACUUGGUAAAUAUCUUUGAUCUUCUCUAAGCCAUUAAUCAAAACCCCACUUUGCUAUCCCUGAAAAUUCAUUCUUAUUUUGUAAAAACAAAAGCUAGCUUUCCAUUAACUAUUGAUUAUUUUCCAUGUCCGUCCAUUACAUUUUAAUGACUUACAUAACAGAACCUUGAGGCUGUUUCUGGUUUUUCACUGUCUUUGUGGUAUUUCCACAGCAUCUCCACUUGGAAAUGAUCUCCAGCUUCAUAACCACAAACAAUCCAUCAAUUCCUCCAACACUAACCACCUCUGAUCUACUUCAUCCUACUUUGCAGUGCUUUGAGGCAACUGGGAGGUAGUUAAAUUGCCUCCCACUUGGCUGUCCAGUAUAUAGAUUGCACAUUUCCAGUACUAUUUUGGGGGUGGGGGAUAAAAGUGAAUCUGUUCUGAAAGAUUCAUAUCCUUCCCAACUCUAAUAAUAUUAUAAUUAAUAGGUAGUUGCAGUCAGAAAGAUUUGUUUUUAAACAUAGUUUAUUCAAUGCCCCUACCAUUUGUCUUCAGUUCUGUUUACAGCCAUGUCCUGGAAGUUGAUCUGAUUUGUAGAUGCCUAUCCAUAAAAGUUGGCACCCUGUAUAGACAGUCCAUAGACAAACAGGUGGAGGGCUGAAUAUUGCCCUGGCUGGAAUGUGGAUUGGGAGACCUGCAUGCAUAUAGGUUAGCUUUGUUUUUUAUGGUUUUCUACACAUUUCUAGUAUUCUAUUUCAAAGUGAAAAUUCCUACUCUUGGGAAUAAGUUCCAGGUAUAACUUUCUUUGCCUUUUUGUUUUGAAUUGAUACCUUGAUUGUAAUUUGUCCCACACCCUAUCCUUGCUAUAUGCGGGGAAUAUGUUCCUUGCAGUCAGCGCAUAGUGUGAAAUGCAUAAAGUGAACAAUUAUUUAAAUGGAGGAAAUAGGGAUGUGUUCUGGAGGGCUUCCUGAACAUGUUUUAUCUGUAAUUUAUUUGCAUUUUCAUACCAAUACGACACAAAAGCAGUACCACAAGGCAACAUUUGUAUUAUAUUUCAUCAAUUUAAAGUAAUAUUCAACAUAAUAAAUCUUGGAAAGUUAACAUACUAGGGGUACAGUACUCACCAACAGAGGCAGGUGUGUUCAUUCCGGGAGAUGAGUGGUUGUUGUGGUGUCGGGAUCAUAUCAAACACAGCAAAGUGAAGGAAGACUCACAGAACUCUUAGAACUCCCAGCAGCAGGAGAUGACACUAGUUUGAAUAAAGUGGUGAGGGUUGUUUGCUUGGCAGCAUUUUGUUCUUCAGCAUAAAUUUGCUUGUAGGGAAGAAGGGUUGAUGGCAGAGAACGUCUGAAAUGUUGACUCCGUUCUAAACUUGGGUCCAUGUGCAUCGCCAUUUGUGCCAAGUGUUCCAACUUCCACCAUUCCCUCACCGUUGGUAAACUCCCGGGAUUUUCAAAAUCAUCUGUUGCUUGCAGCAUCUGAGAGAUAGUUCGCUGUAAAAAAAAACGCCUCGAAUAUGGAUCACACCUUGGUUGAGUGGUUGAAUCAGUGAUGUUGUGUUAGGUGGCAGGAAACACACUGUUAAGUUAAGAUGAAUGCUGUCCAAAUAUCUAGGAUGGGCUGCCGCAUUGUCAAGCAACAAAGGAACUUUAAAGGCAAGAUUCUGUUCCCAGCAGUAGCGUCCCAGAGCUGUGUUACCUUCAGCUGUGUAUAAUUUCCAACUUUUUUCAAGUGUUAAAGUGGUUCUCUUCCGCUCGGUUGAUAGCCCAGGACGUGCCAUUGGACGCUUAGGAGGCAUAGUUAAAUAUUUCAAGCAAAAAAUCACUGUACCAUAGGUAAAACUAACAAAAAGUUUGAGUGCAAGAUCGCACAUCCACACCUUGCCAAAACCAAAACGAGACUGGCGGGAGUGAGACUGUGAGGUGUGCGCACAUGACUUGUAUUGGCGGGAAAGCAGUGCUCCUCGCAUAACUGAGUUUUGGACGCAUCAUAAGGAGACAUUGGUAGAAAUAGGUUCCUCACAUAACUGUGGACCCGCAUAGUCUGAACGCUUAUAAUGAGGAUAGGGUGUAUUUUAAAGGGUAAUGGUAAUGUUUCAACAGGCCAAAAAAAAAAUAGAAAGCAAGUCUGUCGGUUGUUGUUGAGAGACAAUAUUAAGGUUUCAGGCAUUGGCCCUUCAACUGCAAAUAAUUAGUUUGAAAUAUCAGCCUUUUAUUCUCAAUACAAAUACCGUACAUUUGCAGGAAAGUUAUCCUUGUAAUCUACAUUGCCCUUAAAAUGAACUGCUUUCACAUCAGGUUCAUCCCUAGAUAUAGGGGUUAAGUACUUGAAGGAAUUAGGAUCUUGCAGCUUCCUCCAUUUGUUGCUGUAUAACCAUCAACAAUUGUGCAACUACGUUUUCCAUAUUCUGCUGACAAAGGAUUUAUUCUAAUUUAAAGCUGUUUUGGAUAUUUCUAUUAAGUCUUUGACAGCUUUAUUGAGGUAAUGGGUAAGAUCAUUUCCUGAAUUAAAGAAUGGCUUACAGCCUUUUAGAUAAUGUAACUGAUGGGUGGUAUGGCUGUUGCCCUUUUGAUUUAGUUCAGUUCACCUCACUGUCACACCCAAAGAUCAUCUUGCGUCAGUCAUUGGAAUAUGAGUCUUGUGAUGGUUGUCUCUUUUUUUUUCCCUUCUCAUGUUGCUUCCUGCCAAAGACGGCUUGGCUGACUGACAUCAGCUCUUCAUUUAGAUGAUGCUGUGUAUUACUUAACUUCUUUCAAGUGAUGGCAGAUUUAUUUGUGGAAAAUUGUUCAUUGUGCUUAUGGUGAUUACAGGUGCUCCUAACAAUCCAGUUUUUGCCGCCACGAUAGUAUAGUGGGUAGCAUGAUGCUACUACGCCUUGGGGCAUUAGAGUUCGGAGUUUAAUCAUGGUGCCUUUUGUAAGGGGUCUCUGUCCCAUCUCUGUGCACUGCAUGGGUUUUCUCCGGGUGCUCCACAGUCCAAAGAUGUCCUAGUCAUUGUAAAUCAGGAGUUGCUGAAUGGUGCAGCUUGAAGAGCCGAGAAGGCCUAUUCCGCGCUGUAUCUUUAAAUAAAAAUAAAUAAAACUUCCAGUUGGAAAUUUGAAUUUAGUCAUUGGGCCAUUUAACAGAAAACAAAAUGGGUUUUGUUUUAAAUUCAGCUGAGACUUGCAUAUGCUCAAUCUGUUGUACAAGCUAUCACCAGCAAACAAAAUUUUGCUUGCUAUUCAGUACCACCUGGUGAGAAGAGAUGCUUAUAAGUGCAGCUUCAUUUGUUGUCAUUUACACUCCCAAUGACAAAAAAUGGCAAGUUGCAAAGGACUGGUGAUAUACUGAGCAAUAUUGUUGGGGAGGAAGAGAGAGUGAAUACAGCAAACCAUUGGUGUUUUUUAAAAAAUCCAAUCCAUUAAACUUGCCUAACCUUUCAAAAAUCAUCCCUCCGCCCCCCUCCCCCCCAAUCAGACGAA